GGUAACUUCACUCCGUAUCGCGGCUCCGGCACGUCGGAACCGUCCGGUACUCUCACCUUGGCGCAGCCCGAGUCGUCCCACGUCUCUCGUCCCGUGCAGCGAGCCCGCCCGUCGUUUGUCGCCGCGUCUCUCCACGGCGGAGCACAUGGGACACGGGGGAUCGCCCUUACGCACGCUCGACGUUCCUCCCGCGGGGAUAAAAGAACAGUUUCGCGCGUAAAGUGUGAUCUCUCAGUCAGUUGUUUUAAUGGCUGACUCGCGUGUGGUGACUUUUCCAGUGUCGAGACUGUUUUAGUGCGGGGUGCGCGGACGCUCGGCAGUUCGUCGUCGUCGUCGUCGUCGUCGUCGUCGUUGUCGUCGUCACUUUGUUUCGCGGUGCGCCGGACAGCGAUGCGGAGUAUGGACAACGAGCCACGGAUAAUUCAGAACUGCCCGGACUACGCCGGCGACGGUUACGGACGUCAGUGCUGAUCUGUGAAGUGACAUGUUAUUGCUCGCGCGCGAUAAUAACCCGUGGACUUCGUUAAAGAGCGAGAUGCACCCGUGAGGGCUCCUCCCUCGACUAUCCACGAAGGUGUCACGGAGGGAUUCCAACCCUCCCCACGUUAGUGUCGUGAUAUCGGGAGUGUUACUGGCAGAGAAAGAGAGAGAGAGAGAUAGAUAGAGAGAGAGAGAAAGAGAGAGAGCGAAUAACUGCGCGAGAGAGGAGGACAAGGGUGAAAACGGUAAGAGAGGUGGAAGGAAGAGAGGACCCGAGCCACAGCGGACGCCAUCUCCGCGUUAUCGGCAAGCGGAUCCCUCGGGACUCCCCCCCGGGCAACAUCGGCGUCGCGCACCCUCGGCGGGAACUACCCCGCGACAGCGGCCACCCUGAUGGGAGUGUAUGAGGAGCGCGCCCCUCCUACCACCGGCAUGCACUGGCAGCCGCCCAGCUCGCAGGAGCGUGGCAGCGGCUUGGCUGUGGGACGUCAAGGAGGACCCGGUAGCACGGGGGGGCCCGGUGCGGUGGACCAGGCGCGGGAUCUCAGCCCUUGCCUGCCCGCGUCGAUGGGCGAUGCUGCGCGACCUACCACUCUGCCGUGCAGCCCUCCCGCCGCUCAUCACCAUGGGUCCCAUCAUACACCCUUACAUCAGACCCACUGCGGCACCAACAACAAUUGCUACGACGGCUCGACUACCCCUUACGACUCGAGGGAUUACGAUUCUCCCGCAGCGGGUGGACCGGAGUUCAGAAACAGCGGCGGAAGUUUCGAUAACGCCAACGACCUGAGCAUGCCGUCGCAGACCGCUGCGCAUCAUCACCACCACCAUCAUCACCAUCAUCAUCCCCAUCUGCAUCCGCACUCGCAGGAGCAGCAAACCACGACGGAGCAGUUGCACGCCGUGCCGAAGCUGGAACCGCCGCCCACGCCGCCCGCGCAAUCCGAGGACGUUCCGGGUGUGGUGUGCGCGGGCUGCGGCCUCAGGAUAUCCGACAGAUUCUACCUACAGGCCGUCGACAGGCGGUGGCACGCCGCGUGUCUCCAGUGCUCGCACUGCCGUCAAGGCCUCGACGGCGAGGUCACCUGCUUCAGCAGAGACGGCAACAUCUACUGCAAGAAGGAUUACUACCGAAUGUUCGGCAGCAUGAAGCGGUGCGCGCGCUGCCAAGCGGCGAUCCUGGCGUCCGAGCUGGUGAUGCGGGCGCGCGAGCUCGUCUUCCACGUGCGCUGCUUCUCGUGCGCGGCGUGCGCGGUGCCCUUGACGAAGGGCGAUCACUUCGGCAUGCGGGACGGCGCCGUGCUCUGUCGGCUGCACUACGAGAUGGGCGCCGAGCUGCACCCGGCCCAGAGCCCGCCAGUGCCGGUCUACCCGCCCGGGCCGCACUACCCCGGUCAGCCCUUUCCCUCCCCCGAGUUCCUCCAUCAUCAUCAUCAUCAUCACCAUCACGCGCCACCGCAUCCGCAUCACUCGAUGCACCCGCAACAUCCGCACAGUCACGUCAGUCCGGUGCCGCUGCAGCCCUCCACUCCUUCCGUGCCCGACGCCUCCUCGCCCCCCAAGGUGCCCUACUUCAACGGCGCCGCCGCUGUAGUGCCGCCGCCCAGGCAAAAGGGCAGACCGAGGAAAAGGAAGCCCAAGGAUCUGGAAGCCAUGACCGCGAGUCUUGACUUAAACGCGGACUACAUAGACAUGCCCUUCGGUAGAGGAGGUCCUGGCACUCCCGGCAUGCCCGGUUCCAAUAGCCGAACGAAGCGGAUGCGAACGAGUUUCAAGCAUCACCAGUUAAGGACGAUGAAGAGCUACUUCGCGAUCAACCACAAUCCAGACGCGAAGGAUCUCAAGCAGCUUUCCCAGAAAACUGGCUUGCCGAAGAGGGUAUUGCAGGUCUGGUUUCAGAACGCGCGAGCAAAAUGGCGACGCAUGGUGCUGAAGCAAGAGGGCAAGUCUGAUAAGUGCGACGGCGGGGUGGACGGCGGUAGCCUCGGCGAUCUUGAGCUUUACGGGAACAGCACAGGCAGCGGCGGGCCGCCGAUGAGUCCGCCCUUCAUGCUCGGCGGUCCCCACAGUCCCGCAUCCCUGGCGUCCCUGGACUGCGCGUGAUCCCCGAGGACCAGGUUUGUUCUUUCUGACUAGCGUCACUCGCGUCCUGCGUCCCGCGACAGGACGUUCGCACUUCCGGGCGGAUGUUUCGCGCGCGAGUGAAAACCGCCGGCGAGUGAUCGCGCCGCGAAGACGAUCGAUUGUGAAUAAUCGGUGAGAGCGUGCGAAAAGAAAAGAGAGAAAGGUAAUAAUUUUGCACGGAACUUUGGACGAUUGGCAGCGACUGUGUUUUCGUUCAGCGGCAAAUCGACGAACUUUAAGAAUUCUUCUGAGUGAUUUCCUUGCCAUCCUGAAAUUGGGGAGCUCGCUUUGAAAGGGCACCUCAAGAUGAUGCAAAAUGGAACAUCGUAAACGCGCGAUGACGCGCGUAUCCGUUUAAUCGAUAGAAUCGUUGUAUUUAUUGUAGCGCGAAUUUGCGGCGCUUUGCGUCGUAGAAUAUUAAAGUCGUUGAAGGCAAUGUAAUUAGUAAUCGAGAUCUAUUUAUUCGUCUAAGCCUAAUUAAGGAUCGCGAACAUUACCAGUGCUAUGUGAAAAUUCAGCGUUUCGAGACGGUCGUCUUCGAAUCGACGGUCAUCGAUUGCCGGCAUAAACGAGACGCUUGAUUUUUUUAGGAAUUUAUUUAACAAUCAAGCGUACAUUUUUUUUAGAAAUGUUCCAAUUUCUCAGUCGCGCAGAAUUCAUUUUGAUUAACCAACAAAUAACAAUGACAUUUUUCUAGUUAUGCCGCGUUUUUGUGUUUUCUAAAUAAAAAAAAAUAUAUAUUUGUGAAAGCAAAUUGAAAUUUUAAUUAAUAAUUAAAAAUGUUUUCGAAUAAAAAAAAGAUAGAAUAGUGACUCGAGAGAAUUGUGCGAUCGACAACUCCGCCGAACGCGCUGACGAAACGCCGAAUUUUGACGAGGAUAAUAUUAAUUAUUUAUAAAAACGAGCCGCGAGCGUGCGUGUUGUCAUAAUUGUACAUUGCUCAAGAUCAGAUCGAGACAAAUCCAGACCCAACUCCCACGGUUCGACUCUGUUAUAUUGUAAAUAAAGGACGUUCCUCGUACACUUCUUAAGGCACCGUUAUAGGUUGUAGGGCCCUAUUAAUUGCAUUCGGUUAGCGGUCGCGCUUCUCUAGACGAGAGGUAAUAAUAGUAACGACGAUACACAGAACUACUGUUAUUAUUGCUCUUACAAUUAGUCCUCCUUGUAACGAUGCGACAGGAUUGUCCGACUUUUGCAAGAUCAUUUUUUCAUUGAAUAUAUUUUGACAAUAUACACGUUGCUCUC